GUAUUCCCGGUCUACACCACCCAAAGUUCAGUCACUCAGCAGCCCAUAUGGGACCGACCCAUCUAUCAUAUUAGCGGUACUCCCCGUCAGCCCACACACCGGCCCCACGUUCCCGAGUCUCAAGAGCCGCCCACUAUAUAUGUGGUACAGGUGCGGGAAAUACCGAAAACAUUCGUGAAGGAGACCGCAAAGCCUAGUCAACCGGUGCAGAAGAGCACCAGCGACCGGACAGUUAUGUUAAUCGGCGUCAUAGCAAUCAUAGCCAUUGUGGUCGUGAUUAUAGCGCCGAUAGUGUUAUACUUGAAAGUGUGGCGCCGGACGAACACUGUCUGCAAUGCAUAG